GGCUGCUUCUGAGUCAAGGAACAGCAAAAACACGUCUGAGUGCGACAGGCUGAACCGUUAACUAGCAAUAGCCACCUGCAGUCACCUCGACGAGUCGUCGAUUCGACCGACUGCUAUAUGAUUCCCGUCGUGUUAACGGCCGUCAACCCAGAAAGAUGCCGCAUAAAGCACUGGGAUCCAUUGUAGGUCUUCUUUGUACCGGGACCUGUCUGGUGCAGGCAAAGGAGUUCUGUUUUGGGGUAAACAAUGAACAGUACCGCUGUGAGAUGGGGUACUGCUGUGGAGAGACAGAGUGUUGCACCUAUUACUACGAGCUCUGGUGGUUCUGGUUAGUAUGGACCUUGAUCAUCAUGCUGAGUUGCUGCUGUGCAUACAGACACCGGAGGGUUAAGAUGCGCCUGCAGCAGGAGCAACGUCAGCGUGAGAUCAGCCUCAUGGCCUACCAAGGGGCAUCUAGCUCCUUUAUUUCCCCUCCACCACUCAAUCUAAGGUUCUGGAACGACUGCAAGCUUCCUGACUAUGAAGAGGUGGUAGGCCACCCACCGACACCACCCCCCCCUUACUCUGAAAACCCUCCUGAGACUGCUUCAGCACUCCCUCCACAACUGCGCCAGCCAGACGCAGCCUCAGUGCCACAACCCUUGGCCGAGGCAGACCCGAGGGUGGACAGUCAGGCCUCAGGCUCAUCAUCAGUUCAGGAAGCAGUGUCAAUGCCGAUCCAAGCACAGUGUCUGGAAGCGGAGAACGUGGAGGCUUCGUUGAUGCCAGCAGAGGAGGAUGAGGAGCUUGUCACUCGGCGUCGGCAUGUGACCGGCGACUCAGGGAUUGAGGUGUGUGUUUGCCAGCUGGAUGUAGACGAGGGCUCGGGGCUUGAGGAGGAAAGCGAUGAAGAGCACAGGAUGUGCAAGGUCACCGGUGGAAACUGCUGUUCCGGGCAUCAGCAGCAAGCCUUCAGACCAAAGGAGCAUACCUCUGAUCUGCCCAGCCAGACCGCCAGCACCAGCACCAGCACUGGAGACCACAUGGUGUGAUUCACAGCGUAACAAAGGCAUGACCAUAAGAUGAUGAUCAUAACUAAUCUUUAAUGGCUCCCAAUUAGGAAAGAUGAAUAACACAUUACGUGUACAAACUCCUGGCCUCUUUUUUUUUUUUUGCUUUGCUUGUCCUUAGUGGGGAAACCAGCAAACACAUGUUGAUGCUCCAUUUGGUAUGUGUUUUCUUAGUGAAUAGUGAGAGAAUGUCAUCGGGUAGUGAGAAGGCAGCAUUUGAUUGUGACUGAAAUCAGAAUUGACUGUUUCCCUUGCUCCUACCCUAUCCUUGAGCACUGCCGUCAUGUUUCCGUUUCUGUCUCGCCACUCUCCUUGGUCAAAACAUUUCCGGCCAUCCUUCCAUCUGACAUUUUACCUCCGGUGGGAUGGUCAGCUUGGAGCAUACCAACACGGUCAACAACAUUUCUUCCCCGUCCCCACUACGACGAAGCAGAGGAGUCAAAAACAAACCUCUUGAAAACUUAAGACGAUACUGGAUGAAUUUGACAUGAGCACACAUUUUGUUUUGCCCGGAGCUGUAUGUUGAUGAGAGUUUGUGUGUGUGCUGUGAAAUCUAGGGAACAGCUGCAUGGUGAUGUCAGCUCUGAGGUCAUGGCAACCAGCAUCUGGUGUCCUCUGUUGUGUGGGAUGUUUCGCAUCUAGAUUUGGGGGGGGGGGGCCUAAACACCCACAAAUAGCAGAGGCAGGGGCAGGAAAGAGUUGAGUUUGUUCAUUUGGUCCCUGGGUUUUAAAAGACAUACAUCCUCCCUCCAGCACUUUUUCCUUUUUGAUAUCCAUACUGGGGUCUCCACAGCUCUGUGGUCACCAAUUAGCAUGACUGUAGGUAAAGAGUGAUCAGCUCUUUGUGAUUUAUUGAUUGUGUGCAAGUGAUCUCCCCACUCCUGUUUCUGCAUUUAAUUGAUAGAAAUUGCCAGGAGGGCUAUACCACCAAUUUUGUAAUCAAUAAAAAGCUUUGUGGUGGCUCUAUGUUAGGAUUAUGUCAGAGCGAUUGUAUUGCUCAGUAUAUAGUUUGGAUGUUAAUGAUGAAGGAUGUACUUGCUUUUUUUUUUUUCAUUUCAUAACCAGCUGUGCUUCAGUAAAUGCCACAGGUGUCACCAUUAAUCGCAACAAAGCUCCUGACGGGCUGCUAAAGUGUGUAACUAGUGAGUUGGGUGUUUUAGUGCAGUAGGAAAGGUUUGUGUGUGUAUAUCUUUAGUGCUGUAGUACCUGGUUGAAAUACUUACUCAGUACUGAGGUGGGUUAACAAUUGAAGCACUGUUUUUUUGCAUGAGGCAUGAAUUUCUAUGUUUAUAUUUGAGUUAAUUAACAUUUUCUAGCGGUUGUGCUACUUGCUUUGCUCAUCUAUUUGUCAAAAUGACAGUGGGCUACAGUGGCAACUCCAUACCCAGAUGUUAGGAUAAAGAAAUGGACUGAGGUUUAAGUUCAGAUGCCCUGGAUCUGGUUUCCUUGUGUUGUUACGACCAUGUGAGCCGCUCUUUGCUGUUAUGCUGAACUGGUAGCUAGUUAGCUGGUGUUGUCUCGGUUCUCUGUGGCCCCUGUAGCUCUUGGCAGUGUGAGGGAUUUGCAGUGGUAUUUUCCAUUGGAGGCAGAGGGUGGGUGCAUUAGAAAGUUGAGGUGAAUGCAGGCUUUGCUCUGCAGUCUAGUCAGUGAUGGCACAGAUGCAGAAUCUAUUGUGAUUAACUGCAUGCUGCUCUGCCUUGCAUGUUGCCUGCCCAGUAUACUGUAGUAUGAAUUCAAGGCAUAGAAGUUGAACUGGGUGUUGUCAUAGAGGAAAACAGCCACAAAUCAAAACUGUUAUUCAUCACAAGAUAAAAGUCUUUGCAAGACCAGCAGUGACUGAUAAGUCAGUUAAUGUUUCAUUGGGAAUUUGGUUCGGAACAACAACGUUUUAUUUGUCUGCUCUCAUAAUGUGUGAGGAAGUGGGCACAGUGUAAAGACUCAGGUCAGUCAAUCUGCUUCACAAAAACACGCACGCUCACAAAGUACUGCUCCUACUAUUUUAUGAUCUAGAUUACUUCAUCAAAAGUAAGAAUGCCCCAAGCAGUCUCCAACAGUCUCCUGGUUGAAUUAGCAUUUUAAACUUCCAGUUGUCACUUUACAGACUCAUAAAGAUCAUAAAUUUCAAGCUUGCUAAGUGGGGAGUUAAUGCGAAUGAUUCAUGCUUGUUGGAUAUAUUUAUUCAGACAUUAAAAUUGCUUGGCAUGUCUUUAUUUUCAGCACUGAUUGAACUCUGACAAGGACACAUUUAGGAAAUUCUUGGCCUCUUAACAAGACAUGACACAUAGAUGUGUAUAAUUCUGGGACCCAUGCAGCUCAGUGGCACAUGAAAGCAUUUCAUCUUUCCUCCAACUACCAGCCCAGAGCUCUGUUCUGGUUAUGGUUGUAUUAUUUUGUGUCUGUGCUCUACCAUUUGAGCUAGAGUACUUACUGUUGUGGAAAACCAGUACAAGAGGUACAGUGCACCUAAUGUCUACAUAUAAAGUGAAACCAAAUGAGGCUUAAAUUGAAAGAUGAGAGAUUUUGUCUCAUGUUCGUUAAAUAGGCCUAGUCAAUCAAACAUGCUGUUAGCCAGUUGUGCUGCACUAGUGUUAGGUUUGCAGUCCUUGUGUUGCGUAGUUCAGCAGGUGUUUAAAUAUGAAGCCAUACUAACAUGACAAUGACCUUUUCAGAGGAGCUGUUACACUGUGAGCAUGACUGCACACCCAUUAGCAAAAGUAAUAGAAGACAUUUUUUUUUUGACCAACACACCUCAAGCUGCCUUGCUGCACCCCUAGAGAGAAAAUGUCUUGAUUAUGUAAUUGCACAAUAAAAUAUAGCCUCUGUAUGCGGGAACAGAUGUGCUACUGCCUUACUAGAGUAGAUGUAGUUAAGUGGGUUUGUUCUGGAUUUCUUUUGAAUGGUAUUACUUGUGUUGUUCCAAGCAUGAUUGCUUCAGAGCAGGGGCAGUGCUAUUGUAUCAACAGAGAAAAGCAUCUGAGCCUGUUCCGAGAAAGUGUGCUCGCUUUGUGAGCAAAGGAUGUGGUUUAUAAACCUUUUAAAGCCACACGGUUAAGAUGUUCCGUAGUUUAACUUAGAAUGCUUUUGUAUAUGAGGGGUGGUUGUGUUGAAUUUUAAAAUACUGUGUAUCUUAGUUAGUAGUGGCACUGAUGGAAUUUGUGAAGAUCAGAUUGUUGAGUUUGUUCUCACUUUGUUUUUGUUCCGUGGAUCUGGUUGCAAUUAGUUUGUGAAAUUAACUGACUCAAAAGCAUGAGGAAAAUAAGUUUAAAAAAGAAAAAAAAGUCUCAUUUUAGUUUUCUAUGCUCUGGUUUUGAUUCAUCCUAUUUGUGUUUUGUGGUAGGAGAAAAAAAAAAAGAACUCCCAACAAGAGAUUGCUGUGUAACCUUUUUACUAAGGUGCAGUUUUGCUUAUUUGUAUACAUAUGUAGACAAAAUGGAGGGGGCUGAGGAAUGAGAGAAUGAUUUUUUGCAUGAAUGAACUGGAGGUGCAUAGUUUUCCCAUUGCCAAACAACUUGGCCUCCCUGGGUUUCACAUGUUUACUGAGAUUAAGGGCUAUAUCAGUCAUCAACUGUGGACAAACAUCCAUCCAUCCAUUUCAUUGAGAGAUUCGUCUGCUCUUUGCUGUUCAUUUAAAGCCACAGUUGCCGAGAUCCACCAUCUGAACAUGGUCAGAAAUUUGCAAUGUGAACAUGGUCAGUGUUUGGAUGUGGAUGUCCUUUAAUGUUCAGGCAGAGCUCAUAUUUAACAAUAGCUGAUUGUAAAUGUUUGUUUUAUAGGCUCUAACUUUGCCUUUUUGAUUUUGUCAACCUCAACGGAGGUGCGUGAUGCGACAUCCCUCCAUCCCCCCAGACCCCCUCCCCGCCCAGUGAGAACAAUUCUUCCUUAUGUAACUAGUUGCAUGUUUUUGCGUUGCUCCGUCGGGUCUUUGUGGACCGUGACUCCACCCUCCACCCGGGCUCUGUCUUGGUAACAGAAACGGUAGCCAACGCUGUAGCUGUUUGUUGUUGUGUGUUUUUUUCUCUCAUCUGCACCGCUCUGCAUGCGGACCCCUGGAAACAGGAGGGCACAUCCACCCAUGCAGAAGUGUCGACAGAAUAAUCUACCAAAGUCGCUGAUAUCUCCACGCUACACGGAUCAUCGCUGUUUUCACCGCUCUGUGUGUGUGUGUGUGUGUGUAUAUAUGUCUGUGUGUCUGUGUGUGUGCGGUUGUUGGCAUGACGAUGGUCUGUUUGGUUUCCCACUCUCAGGGUCGUCUUUAACGGGCAGUGCUAGAGUUUUAAAUUAACACAUUUUUGACCCACCAGUUUCAUAAAGCCAAAGCAGUCGUUUCAUGGUUAUUGCCUGUCUUAGUUUCUGCAUCACGCAUCUCUGUAGUGUAUUGUACUUUACUCAACUAGGCUAUGCAACAACAUAAACCUACUGUUAUAUGCUGCGACCCCUCUCUCACUUUCUCCGUCAUUUAUCUGUGGGCACCAGUACAAGCAAUAUAACUCUCAGUACUUGUGGCACUGCACUGUACUGUAAUCUACAUCGGUUGGUCUGUGUACAUGUAAAAAAAAAAACUAAACAAGAAAACUUGUAAAAAAAAAUAAAAUAUAUAUAUAUAUAUAUAUAUAUAUAUAUAUACUUGUAAUGCUACUACAGUGAUGUGGUGAGUAUGUGUGCUUCAGUGUCAGCUGAGGAGCUUUGAGUUAAAAAGCCAUUCUAGUUUAUAUAUUCUUUUUUUUCCCUCUUGUUGGCUUUUUCUUGUUUGCCUCCUCAACCACUAACACUUCUUACUCCUGAUGUAUGAAUAAACCACAUUAUAAAGUUGUAUAAGCCGAAGGAAAGUUGAAUAUAUUGUUUUUGUUGGAUGAAUUCUUAUUUGAUAUGUUAUGGUCUCUUUUCAAACUUUUCCAUCCCUCUUGUUUGUUGCAAUAAUUCAGUGUGUUGGGUUUCUCAGUUUAAACAACAGUUUUCUUCUUUUUCCAUCUUCAUAAAUAUUCACUGACUUAAUAUUUAACUGUUGCCUUUUAAUCCACAGUUACUAUGACACCAUCAGUUUCUGAAUUUUUAUAUAUUAUGCAUAUGAAAGACCUCAACAUGGAACACAGUCAGCUCGCAUUAGACCAGCACACAUUAGGCUGAUACAGAAAUGACUUGUGGAACCCUCAACUCUGACCUUGUAUGAGAAAAAAUAUCCUCAUUAUGAGUGUGAUCGUUUCUGUCAAGCAACCUGGAAACUACUUUAUCCUCAACCAUAGAUAAUACCAAACAGAUGGAGGUGCCGCGAUUGAGCUAUGUGGGUUUUUUUUAAUGCCAAAAUGAGGAACAUCAUAGUUUGAGAAGGAAGCAGGUAUCUACUAACACACACCAGUCUCUUUCUACAUUGUUAUCCUAAUAAUUAAAAAAAAAAAAAAAAAAGCCAAAAUGAGUAAAGUGGAAAAAGAGGAAAAAAAAAUUAAAGCACUGAAAUACACAUAAAAUGCUUUGGUUUUAGUAAGAAGUCUGCUGUGUACUCUUUGGGUCAUCAUUUGUAUUUUAUUUUUUUAAUAAAACAAACAUUGACACUCAA